AUGGCCCAAUAUGUUAGACAACGGCUUUUAAGCAAUGCCAAUGGUAGAAUGACGUCCGACUACGAAAGCAGCCCGAAGUUGGGUUUUCCCCCACGGCCGUGGAAGACGUGGGCAACCACGAGCGAACUGCCCGUUUUCAUUACCGAGACCAGUCGCGGCGUACGGUAUCUUUACGUCUCUUCAUCUGAUACGCACUUCGUCGCGUCGACGAAACCCCGCGUUCGCGAGUUCGAGUUCAACGUAUCGGUGGCGCUGGCCGCGCCGGACGGGUUCCGCAAGCCGAUGGUGCUGGUUAACGGGCAGUCCCCGGGCCCGCUGAUCGAGACGAAUGUGGGGGAUACGAUAAGGGUGCGGGUUAACAACCUCAUGCCGAAUAGCAGCAGCACGUCGAUACACUGGCACGGCAUCAACCAGAUCGACACACCGUGGAUGGAUGGCGUGGCGGGCGUGUCGCAAUGCGGGAUUCCGGCCGGUCGGGGGUUUACGUACGAGUUCCAGGUGACCGACCAGAGAGGAACGUUCUGGUGGCAUGCGCAUUCUUCGAUACAGUAUAGCGACGGAGCUUAUGGAGCUAUUAUUAUACGCGAUCCAGGGGAGUUGGUGCCGAAGACGGAUGACGAGAAGCUCUUAUUCGUGUCGGAUGUGUACCAUACUUACGGAUCUGUUAUAUUAACAAGCUAUUUGAACUCUACGUCGAAAUGGGUAGACUGGGAAUCCGGAGUCGAGCCGCUCGCAGACAACGUCCUCUUAAACGGGCAAAACACCUACAACUGCUCCAUCGCCUCAACCACAUACGCACCCUCCGCCGACCAACCCUUUGAGAACAACUGCACGGGCAGACAACUCUACACGACCAAAGUGCGGCGCGGGCGUACCGUGCGCCUACGGCUGAUCAACGCGUCUUCGUUCCUAUCGUACUGGUUCAGCGUCGACAACCACACGAUAUCGAUCGUCGAGCUAGACGGCGUAGAGAUCGAGCCUAUCUCCGCUCGCGGCGUGUACCUGAACCUCGGGCAGCGGGCGUCCGUGAUCCUGACGGCGGACCAGCAGCCCGGGAGCUACUAUGUCCGAGCCUCGCUGCCGAAGACGUGUUUCCUGCCGUACGCGCCGUAUAACAGUUCCGGGCUGGAAGCGGCGGGGUAUGGCGUCAAGGGGGUAAUAUCGUAUGUCGAUGACGACGGGCGGGAGGCACAAGACGACGAUGGUGGUGUAAGUGCGGUGUCGGAGCCUAUUGGGGUCGCGGGGAAUAUAACGAACCCGUACGGUGUCGAGAAUAACGGGCUCAGGGGGGACGUGUGGGAGGGAUGCGAUGAUAUGCCGUUUGAUAUGCCCAAGCCUAUGCGUAGACAACCCGCUGUCAACGUGAGCGAGGCGAAUACACAUUAUCUCGAGUAUGCGUUCCGCCAGGCGCAGGAGGUCAACCGAAUUUUCGUCAACAAGACAUCUUACUUACCCCUACCCGAUAACGCCACAAUAUGGAGAGCUUUGGAUCAACAGUUCACCUCGGACAAGUCGAAUUCAUAUAACAGCUGGGACUUCGGACUAAACCAGCAAGUUCUCCUCGUCCCAGACGCGAACCAGGGUGCGCAAAUCGUCAUCAACUCACUCGACGCGAUGGAGCACCCAUGGCACAUGCACGGACACACCUUCCAAGUCGUCGGCUGGGGCAAAGGCCUCUUCGGCACCGACGCCAGCGCCACGACGUGGAACCUCGCGAACCCGAUGCGCCGGGACACCGUCACCGUGCCGCCCUUCAACCACCUCGUCCUGCGCUUCGCCGCCGACAACCCGGGGCUCUGGGCGCUGCACUGCCACGUAGCGUGGCACGUCGAGGGCGGCAUGUUCCUCACGCUAGCCGAGCGGCCGUCCGAUCUCGUCGCGCUAGUAGAUCGGAUGGAUCCCGAGACGAGACGCCAGAGCCAGAGCUUCUGCGGCGCGUCAGCUACAUAG